AUGGCUACACAAUUCGUCAACGAAGAGUCCGAUUUCGAUUUCGUAUUUUUUCCGAAAAUUCCGGAAAUGCGUCGAAGAUAUUUGCGAGAUUUUCACAGUAAUCCAAGUUUCAAACAAAAUUUCAUGUCGACAUUUAUGAAAGUAAUAGAACGAGAAAGUGAAAAACUUGGAGUGCCAGUGACAAAAGUCGUCGAAUUGUCGAGACUUCGCGUUCCUUUACUGAUUGUUCGAUUCGAAAGCGGAUUAAGUAUGGAUAUUCAAUUUCCUGAUGAAAAUUAUCACGCAAUUCGAAAUACGCAUUUAAUUAAAUGCUAUAAAAAGUGUGAUGAUAGAUUCACAUAUCUGUUUUUGUGGCUGCGCAACAUCUGUGAUAAAUUAGAGAUCCGAAACAGUAAAUACGGUUUAUUAUCAUCGUAUCAUCUCUUGUUGCUUGUCGUUCAUUUUCUGCAAAGCGAACAGGCGUUGUCACCAUGGCCGGUGCUUCCGGUUCUUGCCAAAUCGCACAAUUCGCUAGUGUCGGCCGAAGUCAAAAUUGAUAAGGUUGCUGAGAUGAUUCGGGAUGAUUCAAUUGAUAUUGAAUGGACGUCACACAACAAAAUGAGCAUCGGCGAAUUAAUUGUACGAUUCAUCGAUUAUUAUUAUCAUUUCAACGCAGCCAAAGAAGCAAUUUACAUUGAGAAGGGUCUCGCCUUGAAAAGGAAGCAAGCAUUCGGAGAUGUUCGUCUUCAAAUUAUUGAUCCUUAUUCUCCAUCUUCAGUAUGCCGAUCUCCAUAUGCAACAUCCGCAUUUUUCGACGCAAUUCGCUUCAUUAGGGGACAAUUCAAGCAAGGAAGAAUGAUAGACAGCUUUCCAGAAGUUCCAGAAGCGGCUCGAUUCAAACGGGAAACGCAAUUUGCAAGAUGGAGAACACAAAUGGCUGAUAAAAUUGUGUUUUGA